UUCAUGAACUAUAGGGUGAAUACCGGCCUAUUGUGCGGAGCUAGGGGACUUUGUACGUGUCCUAGUACUGUAGUUAUACACAGUGUCAGUGGUGAACCUUUGGAACAGUUUGGAAAGUUAAGAUUUUGCCACAAAAUAUGUCCAGAAUUUGGCUUGUUCUUGUGGUCCUGUCCACCUUCCUGCCGUUGUUGACGGCUACUCCAUCCGCAGAGACAAGCCAAGGCACAAUCGUGGGCAAAACGGUGGAGUUCACAGCUGGCCCCCUGGGACUCCGCAGGAGCGUCGAUGUGUACCUGGGCAUACCGUACGCAGAGCCGCCUGUCGGCCCGCUCCGGUUCAGAGCCCCUGUGGCUAAGGCGCCGUGGAGCGGGGAGCUCCGGGCCACUUCUUACGGGAGCGUUUGUCCCCAGCCCUCGGACAAUCUCUUACCGGUGCCGAGGCCCGAUGUGCCGCAAAGCGAGGACUGCCUGUAUCUUAACGUAUUCGUUCCAUCCCGGUCGAAAACAACAGGCCAGCUUUCAGCUGUCAUGUUUUUCAUCCAUGGCGGCUCCUUCAUUUUCGGGGCAACGUGGCCAGACAACAUCCCGGUAGCAUUAGCCAGUAUCGGCGACGUCAUCGUGGUGGACAUCCAGUAUCGACUGGGGGCGCUGGGAUUUCUGGCAACAGGAGAUGACGAACUACCUGGUAACAUGGCACUUUUGGAUCAAUUGGAGGCGCUCAGAUGGGUUCGACGCCACAUCAAAGCGUUCGGAGGCGAUCCUGAUCGAGUGACAAUAUUCGGCCAGAGCGCGGGAUCGUCAUGUGUUAGUUUACAUUUGUUGUCUCCAAUGAGCCGUGGGCUGUUCAAGAACGCCAUAAUGCAGAGUGGGUCGGCAAAUACCGUCUGGUCCUACGUCGGUAGAAACGAGGCAAAGAGGAGAGCCUUCGCGCUUGGCCACCUUGUAGGCUGUGACCUUCCGGAAGGUGAUUCCAAAGCCCUAGCCCAAUGUUUGCGAGGCGUCUCGGUACUAGACAUCGUACAGCAACAAAAUGAAAAGCUUUUCGAGUACCUUGGCGAGCCGCCACAACUUGGGUUUGUGUCCGUCACUGACGACCGCUUCCUGCUCGACGACCCGGCGUCGUUGCUCGAGAAGGGCGCCCUCAACGACGCAGCCAUCAUGAUUGGGCACACCAGGGACGAAGGAAUGCUGUUGAUGAGCAUUGCAUUCAGUGAAUCUCUCGACGCGGCGCCGCAUGUCGACAAGAAGCUCUACGAUCAGCUGCUGCCCAUGACUGUCGUUGGCCUCGGCAGUAUAGACCCAAUACUUCUUCAGGCCGUGAAACUUAUCUACGUGAACGACAGUGAUGCGUCAGAACAACCCGGCAGACAGUUUCUGUACUCUCUGUCGGAUGCCAUAGGGGACUCAGGCUUCGCCUGCCCCAUAUACCAAUUCGCCAGGGCCGCUGCAUCGGCCGGCCGAGUGGUGUACCGAUAUUACUUCACGCACCAGCCGGAAAAACUGUCAUUCUUCAGGAGGAAGUGGACGGGAGCUUGCCACUCGGACGAUCUCAUCUUUGUCUUUGGGCUUCCGUUCUUGCCUCCACGUGACGAGGAUUCAUCGGAGGAGGAGCGUUCAUUCUCGGCAGCUGUGAUCAAGCACUGGUCCAAUUUUGCCAAGACUGGAAAUCCGAACUUGGGGCUGACAGCUGGGGAAGCAGGAGAGAGUGUUAGAUCUGAGGAAGAGUGGCCGCGAUUCAUCGCGCCAGAAUUCGCUCACUUAGAGCUGGCGCCGCGCAUGAAAAACGGAGGAGCAUUACGUGUGCAAGAGUGCCAGUUCUGGGGCGAGUUUGCUCCGGAGCUCAUCAGAGUCGCCCAGGAUGCAGCUUUGUAUCGUUCCGGUUCUGCCUGCGACAGAAAAUGGACAGCUUCGAGGUCCCAGGAUGAGACAUGUUCGAAAGAAGCAUGCCCUUGAAAUCUGAUAACUUUACAACAAGUGUUGCUAAAACAAUAUAUUAAAGGCACUUGUUUAUGAAUUCAUACCGAGGAGUAGGGGCUUCAAGCUAUCGUGCUGUAAAUGAUUUUCAGUUUAAAGUUUCGAAAUAAAAAUGUAGUUUUAACGAAUGUUUUUGGUAAGUGAUUUCCAGUUAGAGCGUGCGUGACAGAAGAAGUAAGUGCUUUUGUUCGUUUGUUUUUGUUUGUAUUAAUUUCAAAUUAAUCGAUAUAAACUCCAAAGACGAAAACCAAGUUUGUUUUUUAAUUUAACCAUACAUGUACAAUUUUAUAUUGGCCUCGAUAUAAAUAAAAGGUGCCUAUUAGGCUAAAUGCAA